CCUCACUGUUCUCUCCCCGUGCCUCCUGCGCCUGGAGCUCUCGCAGAAGAGCGUGGCCGGCAGCCCGCUCUUCGACGACCGGGCUACGCAGUCCGUGGUGAACCGGCGGCUGCCUGUGCCGGCGUUUGGCGUCGCCCGCCGGGGGGCGGACACCGUGGUGGUCACAACCGACAGGCUGCGCCUCGCCUUCAACUCCUCGGAGCUCGGCCCCGCAGGGGGCGGCUUCACGCCCGAGAGCCUGCAGAUCGAGCUCCUCGGCGCGGCCGCCGGCGGGGUGCGCCGUGCGCAGGUCUGGCGGCCUGGCACCGUGGAUGCACAGAAUCUGAACGGCACGUUCGACAGGGGGCCGUCCUUCUCCGGCGGGUGGGACUGCUACUCUAGGGACUGUGCCGCGAAGUAUCCCAGGCUCCUCGGCCAAGGCCUCUUGUCUCGCAGCGGGUGGGCGCUGGUCAACGACACGAACGCCACCCGCUUCGCGCCAAACGAGCCCGGCCGCCUUCCCUGGCUGGACGGCGCGGCGACGCGCGCGCAGAACCGGCCCCUGGCAGAGGACCUCUACUUGACCUCUACUUCCUCGGCCCCGGCCUCGACUUCGCGCUGGGCCUGGCGGCCUGGGCCGCCGUGA